GCAGACCUCGAACAUUUACAUUUAGCUCCUGAACGUACAGGUUCAGGAUUGCCAUACACAAUUGUUUUUUUUGUUGUAACUUCCUGACCCCGUGCCCCUACUGGACAUCUUGCGACAUAGAGCUGCGUAUAUAAUCGGAUUCCUCCUCGACUUUAAAUACAUUUGGUAUUUGCUUUCUCUGAACUCUGCCUCCGAAGUUUGGAGGAAACUCCUCUGUGUUGGCAUCGUCUCCGCGCCUCCCACGUGCCUCCUUCCCUCCCGUCACGGCUACCGGCAGCGGCCGAGCGAGCGGUUGAAGCUGUGUGCGCGUCUCACACUCCCCCAGGGCAGUACCGACAACAGCACCAGCAGUACUGACAGUACUCGUGGCGGCGCAGGUGACAACUUCACUGGCUACCGUCGUCACUGAGCGAUGGUGAACAUCGGACUGGCUCGAGUGGACGACUCCGUCGCAGAAAGGCACCCGGGUCUGCAGUCAUACUCUGCCUGCACCUCGUUCGCACUGAUGAAAGGGACCGCGGUGCUUGUGCUGGUGGUCAGCUCGGCCGUCAGUUACAGCAUCACCCGCAGGGAGGUGGGAAAGUGUGGAGAAAACUGGAUUCGCUUUGAGAAGGGAGAGCUGCCACAAGAUCUGACAAAUGCCGUGGGGCGGCCGGAGGGAGCGUCCCCGUCCGCGGGUUCUGAACAUGAGACGGCCACCGGACGCACCAAGUACGGCGACGUCCUCGAGUAGGAAGUGUCUGGGUGCUGACACAGCUGGGGAGGGUGGAGGGGAUGGCGACG